AUGUCUCGUCGAAAGUCCUUGGCUCCUCCAGUGAAGGUGGACUACGAGGUUGUCAGUGCGGAUUUGACGACCAAGCAGCGGAUUGUUCUUGCGUCUUACCAAAAGCUGUUACAGCUGUUGAUUGACUUGAACGCGCAGGUCGUAGAAAUUUCAAAAACCCCUACUGCAACUCUGGCGCACCUGCGCGACCUAGAGUUACGGUUUUCGAUUGUACAUAACUCGCUCAAAGCCUCAAUUUUCAGUGUCGAUGCGGGGAAAAAGACAUAG